UUGCAGUCGCAGCUGAGCGCUCACGUCAGACAAAUAUGUUGUCUUCCUCAUUUUUACGCAUCCGUUGAUAAUCAAACUACAUCAUCCUUGAAAUGGAGGUAUCUGUGAAAAAUAGACGUUAUGUUGAUGAUUUUUUUACUAAAGAAGAAUUUGAGUAUCUUCAAGCAAACCGACAGCUCUGUAAAGAGCUAAUCGCCAAGCAGGAUAUUAAGUUUUGGACCCGUCAGCUGAUUUCGUUCAGACAAGAAGUAAAAGGAGUGCUUGGUCAAGUGUACUUUUCGCAGUGCUCAGACUAUGUUUUCGUCCAUGGUUUACGAAACCUGGCUGCAGGCAAAAAAGGGGUGGGCAAAUUCCUCGCGCUGCUCUGCGCCAGCUUCACCUUGAAGCCACUCAGAUCAUAUGUCCCAAUGAUCGAAGAUUUCCUAGAUGCUCAAAAAUACAGUGAGCGAGCUAGUUUGAAGAAGACCAUCAAGGAAUUGUUCCCACCGCAGCACAUAAAAGAUUGCGAUGAAGUAUCUGAAGGUCUCUGCAGCAAAACUGCUGUUGACAUUUUAAGAUGCGAGAUGCGCCAAAUUUUGUGUGUCUAUCUGAGGGUUGCUGGCUUCGUAACGCAAUUGCUGCAGCAGCUGGCUGAAAAGCGGCCCUUGCCAGAGUGGGAAAUGCCAGCUAAGUGGCGCAGUGAAGAUUACCUCCCUGAUGACCUGGAGGAUUACUUGCGGGAGAAAUGGAAGAAAGACCUGGCCAGUUCAGUCCUGCAGGUCCCGUUGAAAGAGGUCGCGUGGUGGAACAAGAAAAAGCAGCCACGAGAGAGGGAUUACAAACUUGACCUGUCCAAGUGCAAGAUGAGCAGCAUGGAGUUGCUUAGUUGGAAGCCAAUUCCUUAUUACACGCUACCAGUUCUGGAAUGUUAUUUUGUUGGACCCCUCAUUGAGAUUCUCCUAAAGCACAACAAAAAGGGCCAUCCUUUUAAAGCGCCGGCAUGUGACCUUGCAAAGAUUAGAUUUAGUUGCGUCCAGUUAGCUGUUCCUCCUAUUUUGGCUCUGAAGUACCACGAGAGAAACAUCCAAGGACUACACAGCAUGAAGAUUUCUGCGUGGUUCGCCUCAUGGUGCACUGUGGUUCCCGUUAGGAAUGUAAUGAACCAUCUGUUGGCGUCUUCAAAAGACGUCAAUGCGGAGGAAAAGAAGCAACUGGUGGCCACAGGUCAUACUCUGUUAAAUUGGAACUGCAAUGAGGCUUUGCUGCCUGAAGACCAAAUAUCAGACGCAAUUGCUUUCCUCACUUGUAAAGAUGUGCUCAGUCAAUUCCUGACUAAUUACACAAUCAGGCAGCAAUGGUUUGUUGUAGCCCUCUUUUCUAUUCUCAAGAUUGAAAGGGAGACCAUCCCCCUGCAAGUGUGGCCACUGCCUGUCGAACACAUUGAACCUGUCAAAGAAGUACUCACGACUGUCAAGAUGGUGAAGGAACUGACUCUGCUUGGUCUCUACUGCCACGAGAAUGACAUGUACGCAGAAAUGCGGGAAUUUACUGGCAAAUUCCAAGCAAUGAUUUCAAUUUGCUUGAAAGCAUUUACUGAAAAAGACUACAGUAGUCUUCGUUGUCUCAAGACUGAAUGCUUCAAAGAGUUCAGUUUUAAAGGACAAUAUGUUAACCCCGCGUACUUUGAACUGGACGAAAACAUAAGUUGCUAUUACUCUGGGCACCCAUGGAAUUUUGAGUACUACAAGAGCCCUUCACAGAAAAAAGAUCCAUCUAAUAAAAUUCAUGAUCCAAUUGGCUUGGCGGAAUGCAGUUACAACUUUUGGAAGGAUCCUCCGUUGCUUGAAAACGGCGCCCAGAUGCCACUCUUCAAAGGAUUACUUGGAAGUGAUGCUUACGCACUGGUUAGGAAUAAUUCGUGGAACAAGAAAGGGAAAUUCGUCAAAGAAGUGGUUUCUGCAAUGGCCUGCAUGGGGAACAUUAUUCCUGCGACUGAACGUAGCAGAGUGGUCAACCUUGAAUUGGCGAGUGGCAAAUUUGAUAAGCCUCUGUCAGCAAUGAAAGGAGGAGAUUAUGCCAAAAUGGAUAUCAUUGGUAGAAUUGGAUGCCACUGUCUUCUUCUGCUGAACUGCACAAACACUUUCAAAGCACCUGACCAAGUGCUUUCUGAGUCAGCUGCGAAGACUUUGGUUGGAAGUUUGGUCUAUCUGGCUUAUGAAAUGUUCGAGAUGAAUCAUCUUCUCAGAUUGGGUAUUUUACUUGGAGUUGUUUGCGACUUUGAACCAGUUUGGCCUCUGAAAGCCGAAGGGAGAGAUUUCACUCACCUUUUGACGUUCAUAAGAGUCACCAAGAAGGCAGAAUUGUCCAGACUAGAUGAUAAGUCAAUAGAAAAAGAAGAGUUUCUUAAAACAGAAGGUCCCAAGGAGUUCGAGUGUGGUGUAGGUGUCUGUGGCUCGUGGCUUCGGGAGCAACUGUCACUCCAAUUGAACUCCAUUUGGUCGAGCAAUGGAAAUGCUGCAGCCGCGCAGUGGACACCACUCCUACACUACCUCUACCCCUGCUACAUUCAUCUUUAUGAGGAACAGCCCCCAAUUGAAGAAUGCCUAGGCUUAUUCUUUGUUCUCAUUCACCAGCUCAUGUCAAGCCACAAGGACAUUCUCAAGGAAAAUGUCUGCACUAGAGAUGUCAAAAUGAUUGAAUUGCAGAUCAACAUGACUGCAAUGCAUAAUAAGAUUCUGCAAGUGAUGAACUCUACAAUUGAUCAGAUGAAUGGGGCUCUGAGUCACAAACUGGCUGAAAUUUUCUUGAGCACAAACUGGUGUUUUGAUAAUUCAUCAAAUAAUGAACUCAGCAAAACUCUUGUGACUAAGGCUAUGAAUAAUUACUCUAAUUUGUGGCGACUUCACUACAACAUGCUGACCACGUUACUGUUGAAACUGACUGGAAUCAACAUUGUUUAUGACAAAGACUACAUUUUUAAAACGCGAGCCCCUGCUCUAUCCAAACCAUUCGAGGCUCUGUUCAUGGUUCACCGAGCAGUUGAUCAAAUGUAUUGUGCUCUCAGGCAUGAGGUUCCUGUAAAUCGAACAGCAGAGUUUAAGGUAGCAAUGUUUGAGGUGUCCACUAUUGAGACCACAUUGCACCCAUUGCGCAGUUACUUUUACUACAAUCUGUCCAGGUUUUCUCGCUGUGACGUGGAUGAGGUCAUGUUCCUUUACACCUGCAGCAAAGAUUUCUGGACGUUUUGGCAAGCGUUGUGUAACGCACGGCGUCUGAUUUCCCAGGAAAUGGCCGCCAUGGCUUCAAUAAAGCUGCCAAAUGACAGCUUUGGAAAAUGUGUUGCUGCCUUUAUCAGAGGAGAUUUUGAAAAGACAAAUUUGCUGAUCAAACCAAUCAUUCCGUUUGUUCUUCUUGCUGAUGAUGUUUCUGAGAUCUACAAGAUGGCUACUGACAUGACCGUGGAGUUUCCGUUGAUGGAAAAUGGUCAGCAGGUGGUUAAUGAGGAAGACCUCUCUAGUUUAAGGGACUGCAAAUUUUGGACCUCUUCCAGCAGUGAUGGUGGCAAAAAGAAACCAGUUAAGGCCAAGAAAAGCUUUAAGCCUCCUAAGGAGGUUAUCGAAGCCCUGCGAGAGGCACAAAAACAGCAAAGUAAAGCCCUGCAAGAGGCACAAAAACCGCAAAAAGAAAUUGAAGAGCACACUUGCAACACGUGCAAGAAAUGUGUCAACAAAAAGUUCUUAACUUGUGGAGAAUGCAUUAAAACUGGGUUCCCAAAUGUUAACUAUUACUGCUCCAAAUCUUGUCAGACUGCCGCUUGGGAAACUUUCCAUGAAGAAGAACAUUUGAUUUCUGAGCUGGAAAAGAGUUUUAACAGUAUGAAUUAAACUCUCUACUGAAAUUAAGCUUAUAGCAUCAGUGGUGAUUCCUUCAUACUGUACAAAAAUAAAGCAUCUCAUAUUUUUUUGUGAGGUUAUCUCUAUAAAUUAAUAGAUGCACAAUUUA